UUCUCUCUCAAACUUCUCCUUUCCUUGUUCUUCAAUGGCCGUCGUCUGAAUCCAUCAAUAACAACACUCUGCUUCGGAUUCAUAGCUACAGACCGAUACUCAAUCAGACUGAAGAAGACAACACAAUGCCGUUUUCCUCUCUCGAUUCGCUCUUCAUCUCCGCCAGCAGUGCUUUCUGCUCUCCUCUAGGACAAGCUAUUCAGAUCCAGGGAUAUUUCAUCUGUUUAGCACUUGCUUUUGGAUGGAUACUUGCUGCAUACGUGAGGAAUAGGGAGGUUAGGCGUAUGGAAGAUAAUGAUGUGAAUGGAGACAACGAUUUUUCAUUUCUUUGUCAUGAUAUUAAUGAACUUGAGCAUUGUAAUCAAAUUAACUUGCCGAAAGUGAGUGUAGUGAUGCCUCUUAAAGGAUUUGGAGAACAUAAUUUGCAUAACUGGAGAAGUCAGAUUACAUCUUUAUAUGGUGGCCCUCUCGAGUUUCUUUUUGUCGUAGAUAGAACAGAUGAUCCUGCUUACAAGGCUGUAUCUCGCUUAUUGGAAGAUUAUAAGGAUGAAGUUGAUGGAAAGAUUGUUGUAGCUGGUUUGUCAAAGACAUGUAGCCAAAAGAUCCACAAUCAGCUGGUAGGGGUGUCUAAUAUGCACAAAGACAGCAAAUACGUGUUGUUUCUAGAUGACGAUGUUAGACUGCAUCCUGGUUCAAUUGGAGCCCUUACUUCCGAAAUGGAAAAAAAUCCCAAGAUAUUCAUUCAAACUGGUUAUCCAUUGGAUUUACCUUCUGGGAGUUUGGGAAGUUACUGCAUAUAUGAAUAUCACAUGCCUUGUUCUAUGGGUUUUGCUACUGGUGGGAAGACAUUCUUUUUGUGGGGAGGCUGUAUGAUGAUGCAUGCAGAUGAUUUCAGAAAUAAUAAGCAUGGGGUAGUUUCAAAACUUCAAGAUGGGGGUUACUCAGAUGAUAUGACUCUUGCAGCCAUUGCUGGUGCUAACAAGAGGCUAAUAACAUCGCCACCCGUCGCUGUCUUCCCUCACCCCCUUGGGAGUGAUCUUACUUUCUCAAGAUAUUGGAAUUAUUUAAGGAAGCAAACAUUUGUUCUAGAAUCAUAUACCUCAAAUGUUAACUGGAGGAUGAACAAAGCAUUAUUUUCUGUCCAUUGCUAUCUAUCUUGGGGAUUUGUAGUUCCAUACAUUAUGGCUCUAACUCAUCUUGCUGCAGCAAUCAUUAUUUACUCGAAAGAACUUCGAGAGGGUGAAAUCAAACCUGUUUUUAGCGGAAUGAAACUCGUAAUUGGGCAAGCUAUAUGCACAUUGAUUGAACUUGCAUCAGUAUGGAACUUAACAAGAAUAGAAGUUAAACUCUGCAAUUUGCUAUCUCCUGAGGCUCCUAAAAUGUCACUGGCUUCAUAUAAUUGGUGCCUUGUCUUUAUUGCAAUGCUGGUUGACAAUUUUCUAUACCCAAUUGCUGCAUUCCGAUCACAUUUUUCCCAGUCGAUCAACUGGUCUGGCAUUCGAUACCAUUUAAAAAACGGGAAGAUUAGCAAGAUUGAUAGAAGCAUGGAUAAAAGUUCAAAAUUUACGGAUUUGGGAGGAAAGAAUUUGCAUGGGAGGAAAGGGGUGGUACCUAGAUGUUCGAUACUUCAUUCUUUGUCGAAAACAUUGUCGCAUUGGUGGCAGCCGAAGAAAUUUGAAGUGUAGGAAUGAGUGGGAAUUCGCGGGACUUUCAAGUUUCAAGGGCAAGGGAGAAUUCAUUGAUUGAUUAUUAUUUCAUUAUCAGAUUGAAUCAAUUGAUUAUUGAUCUUGUAUCUUGUAAUGAUCUUCAUAUCUUAAGUUCAUUAAUUUAAAAAAAAAAGGAAGAAGAGGAAAUUAGAAUGUGCAAUAGAAUUCAUUUCUUAUGUUUAUUAGAUGAUGAAACAAGUAAUAUUAUUAUUUCUU